UGUUGCCCCGUUGGAGAAAAAUUACCGCUAAAACCAACCAAGACCACACAUGUCAACAAGACCGUGAAGAGACUGCUUGAGAUUUGAGUGUCUGUGUGUUUGCUGCUUGUAUUCACUCCCCCCUAGGCAAACAUACACACAGACACACACACACUCACACACAGACACAGAUACAUCACACACACACACACACACACACACACACACACACACAUACACACACAGACAUGAGCAUAACACGUUUCUUGACCACAGCCACCCUGCCUCACCUCACUCUCCACCACACUCCCCUACCACUGCGGCGAGAACCUCCUCUCAAACUCACCACACUCACCACACUACACAGACAUUACACGAAGCCUCCUGAAGAGAACAGCAGUGGGAGGACGGACACAACAGGGACAGAGGCUAAGGGAGAGGGGUUUCUUAGGGUUCCAGAGUUCCCUAAGACCUUCAUUGGGUCUGCUGUAAGGUCAAAGGAAGGCAGCAAGAAGGCAGAUGACUGGAAUGACAUUUUGAACAGGUGGUAUCAGCAGUAUCAAGAUUUUGUCGGCAUUACUGAUCUCAAGAAGGCCCAGGAUAGAGUGACGGAACUAUCGGAGGGCCUUCUGGCGGCGCAGGGUGAGCGGCGACGACUGCAACGAGAGAUAGAAGACUUCCAGGCCAGACUUGUACAGAAUCACCAGCACAUCACCAAGACGGAACAGUACUCUCAAGAACACAUGCGCCUCUUCUCCCAGGCGCGGGAGUUGAACGACCGGCUGCGUGAGGUGCGUGGUCAGUUCGCCGGGUACGAACAGACUGAACGUGACACUUUUACUCAGCUGUCGGCCGCCAUCAGGGACUGCCAUGAAAGGGAACGCAUGCAGGCUGAGCAGGGGAAGUACUGGUCCAUCAUCGCGUCGGUGGUGUCUGCAGCCCUUGCCUCGGUCAUCACAUCUGUCAAUAACUGGGUAAGGAUACGAGAAAUCAAGGAUCAUGUUACUACUUCCCAGCAAUCUCUCCAGGAAGGUUACCAGCAGAUGCACCAUGAUAUCCUCUCCUCCAUGGCUUCACACAACUCCCAGGGACCUGUCAAGCCUUCCCAGAGCACUCAGGAAGCCGGCCAAGGGGUGAAGGCAUCUGGAAGUGUGGUUUUACCUGGAGAAUUUAAAGAACUGGGUGUUGCGGAUAUGGACGCAGGCAGUGGAGGUUCCGGGAGUCCUGCCGAGCGGAUGAACGGAAUGGUAGAUGGACUGAUGGAUGUGGCGAAAGAUGCAGUGAAGAUCUCUCAGGCUGCGGAAAAACUGGCCAGUCUGUCGCAGGAAUUUGUCGCCGCAAGGAAAAUUCGGAGGAGAUUCGUGCGGUCUCUAAACAAGCUGUCGAGAACUUGACGAGCUUCCGAGAGUCUAGUCAGCCAGCUCUCGGCUGCACUAGGAGCCAGGCAGGGGGCAGUGGUACCCUUGCCGGCGGAGGUAGUGGUAGGAGGCAGCAGUAGUGGUAGUGGUGGUGGUAGUGGUGAUGUCAGCUACCCAAGAGUUGCAGCCACGAUGAUGGUUGGUGCUGCGCUGGGAACUCUUGUGACUGCGUUCUUCCUUGGGGCUUUAGGGGGCUCGGGGGGCUGAGAUGCACACACACACACACACACACACACACACACACACACACACACACACACACACACACACACACACACACACUAGUAAAUUUUAUGCACAAAUUAAUAUAACUUUAUUCUUGUUUCAUUAUAGCUUCUGCAAUAGUAUUUAUAGUGUUUUAGGGCUGUGUGUGUGUGUGUGUGUGUGUGUGUGUGUGUGUGUGUGUGUGUGUGUGUGUGUGUGUGUGUGUGUGAGAAUACUUAAUUUCUACCUCAGCUUAUGUUUUUUUCAACGUUCUUUCUGUAUAUAUGUGCAUAUGUCACACACACACACACACACACACACACACACACACACACAGAGCAUAGUGUAGUGGUUAGUACACUCAAUUCACAACUGAGAGGGUCUGGGUUGGAGUCCCGGUGCGGCAAGGCAAAUGGGCACGGCUGUUGAUGUGUAGGGUGUGUUGAGGCAGAAGUAAAUAGGUACGGGGUGUAACUGGAGGGGUUGUGGCCUCGCUGUCCCGGUGUGUGGAGUGUGUUGUGGUGUGUUAAUGUGUAGGGUGUGUUGAAGCAGCAGUAAAUAGGUACGGGGUGUAACUGGAGGGGUUGUGGCCUCGCUGUCCCAGUGUGUGGAGUGUGUUGUGGUCUCAGUCCUACCCGAAGACCAGCCAGUAUGAACUCUUAAGCUCGCUCCAUAAUGGGGAAGACUGUUUGGGUGACUAGCAGACGACCGAGGUGAAUUACACACACACACACACACACUUAGCCAUGUCAGCCCAAGAUGAAAAGUAACAGUAGUAGUAGUAAUAGUAGUAGUAGUAGUAGUAGUAAUUUAUUUAGUCAUUCCUUGCUAACUGACUAGACUCAUAAUAGAAUAGUUUGCCUAGUGUUGUGUUGCAGGCAAGUUGUCAAGUGUUUAUGUAUUGUUAUUGCAACUUGUGUGUAUCAAUUCUCUCUCUCUCUCUCUCAAAUAAAAGAAAAUAUAAUG